UGCGCGCAGGCGCCGCGUGCUGGGCGAGAAGCAACCCCACCUCCCCGCCCGACCGGCCGGUAGCACCACGUUACUUUGAAUGACAGCUCAGCCUCCCCGCUCCCCUUCCCACAGACCUUACUCUCCUCCCUGCACUCCACGCCCUCCCAUUGGCUGGCAAGAAGGGCUCCCGCCGCUCCGCCAGAAACGCUUUCCAGCGAAAGGCUGACAGGCAGACGGAGCCGCGCUCGUUCCAUUGGCCCUCGGCGCCGGACGCGUCACGCACCCACGUUGUUGCGGAGGCAGGCGACUGGCUACUACCGCCAUCUCUCCCCCCUCGCUGAGGGCUGUGGGAGGGGUUGGGUGGCUGGUUAGCUGGAGGAGUGUGAAACCGCGUGUUAAUGCAUACGGUGCGGCGAGCACGGCGCGUCCCGCCCGGCCCGGCUGUUCCCGUCCCGCCGAGCGCAUCCCGCGGGUCUGCAGCGCUCCGUUCCCCCGCGCGGAGCAGGGCACGGCACGGCCGCGCUCCUCGACAGGUCGGAACUUCACCUCGGUGGGGCAGCGCCAGGCAGUGGAGAGUGACGGCGAGGAGAAGGACGAGAAUGGGGAGGAGAUCGCGAUGCACCGCGUGCUGCUGAGGCGCGGAGCCGCUCGGUGCCGGAGGCUGUCGCCCGCCUGACCCCGCGCGGAACGGGCGCUCUCCGCCCUUUGUUGUGGUGUCUCCGUCGCCGCGGGGCCGCCUCGCGCCCGCCCCCCGCGGAGCUCCGCUCCGGCUGCCCCAUGCGCCGCCGGCGGUCGGGAGCAGCGAGGCCGCCCCCGGAGGCUUCCCGCCCGCCCCCCUCGCUGUGACGGCCGCGCCCGGAGCCCCCUAGAGAGCCGCUCGCCCUCACGACUUGCGUCGCCUGUCCCGUGUCACGGAGUUGCAGCGACAGAGCGGCCACAGCCGGAGGAUGUCCCCGCGGCGGAAGCACUGAGCGCCGCGGGGCGGUGUGAGGCACGUUCGGAGCCAUGUUCCCGCAGAGCCGGCACCCCGCGCCUCACCAGGCUGCGGGGCAGCCCUUCAAAUUCACCAUCCCGGAGUCGCUGGAUCGCAUCAAGGAGGAGUUCCAGUUCCUGCAGGCGCAGUACCACAGCCUUAAAUUGGAAUGUGAGAAACUGGCAAGUGAGAAGACAGAAAUGCAGAGGCACUAUGUGAUGUAUUAUGAAAUGUCAUAUGGAUUAAACAUUGAAAUGCACAAGCAGACAGAAAUCGCCAAGAGAUUGAAUACAAUUUGUGCACAAGUCAUCCCAUUUUUGUCUCAGGAACAUCAGCAGCAAGUGGCUCAAGCUGUAGAACGUGCCAAACAAGUGACCAUGGCUGAACUGAAUGCCAUCAUCGGGGUACGUGGCCUUCCAGGUCUACCUCCUACACAGCAGCAGUUGCAGGCUCAACAUCUCUCCCAUGGCCAUGGACCUCCAGUGCCUCUAACACCACAUCCAUCAGGACUUCAGCCUUCAGGAAUCCCUCCCAUUGGCAGCAGUGCUGGCCUUCUGGCACUGUCCAGUGCAUUGGGUGGUCAGUCUCACUUGGCAAUAAAAGAUGACAAGAAGCAUCACGAUGCAGAGCACCACAGAGACAGAGAGCCAGGCACAAGUAAUUCUCUGUUGGUCCCAGACAGUCUGCGAAGCACAGAUAGACGCAGGAAUGGCCCUGAAUAUUCCAAUGACAUCAAAAAGAGAAAGGUGGAUGAUAAGGAUUCCAGCCACUAUGACAGUGAUGGGGACAAGAGUGAUGAUAACUUGGUUGUUGAUGUAUCCAAUGAGGAUCCUUCAUCUCCACGGGCAAGUCCUACUCAUUCACCACGUGAAAAUGGUAUAGAUAAAAGCCGCUUGCUGAAGAAAGAUGCUUCUAGCAGUCCAGCAUCUACAGCCUCUUCAGGAAGUUCCACUUCUCUCAAAUCCAAAGAAAUGAGUUUGCAUGAAAAAGCCAGCACGCCUGUUCUGAAAUCUAGCACACCGACUCCUCGAAGUGAUGUGCCAACUCCAGGCACUAGUGCAACUCCAGGACUUCGUCCAGGCCUUGGCAAGCCUCCAACAAUGGACCCUCUGGUUAACCAGGCUGCUGCAGGUUUGCGCACACCUUUGGCUGUACAAGGGCCAUACCCUGCUCCAUUUGGAAUGGUGCCUCAUGCUGGCAUGAAUGGAGAACUAACCAGUCCAGGGGCAGCAUACGCCAGCCUGCACAACAUGUCACCCCAGAUGAGUGCGGCUGCCGCAGCAGCUGCCGUGGUUGCCUAUGGAAGAUCUCCUAUGGUUGGGUUCGAUCCUCCUCCUCACAUGAGAGUACCUGGAAUCCCACCAAAUAUUGCAGGGAUUCCUGGGGGAAAGCCAGCCUACUCCUUUCAUGUUACUGCAGAUGGCCAGAUGCAGCCUGUUCCUUUCCCUCCUGAUGCCCUCAUUGGUCCGGGAAUCCCUCGCCAUGCCCGUCAGAUCAACACUCUGAAUCAUGGGGAAGUUGUGUGUGCAGUUACCAUCAGCAACCCCACAAGACAUGUGUACACGGGUGGCAAGGGGUGUGUCAAAGUCUGGGAUAUCAGCCAGCCUGGCAACAAGAGCCCUGUCUCUCAGCUCGACUGCCUGAACAGAGAUAACUACAUCCGCUCCUGCAAAUUGCUCCCUGACGGCCGCACCCUGAUUGUUGGUGGGGAAGCCAGCACAUUAUCCAUAUGGGACUUGGCAGCACCAACUCCUCGUAUAAAAGCAGAGCUUACAUCCUCAGCUCCUGCCUGCUAUGCUUUGGCUAUCAGCCCUGACUCCAAGGUCUGCUUUUCCUGCUGCAGUGAUGGGAACAUUGCAGUGUGGGAUCUGCACAAUCAAACACUGGUCAGGCAAUUCCAGGGUCACACAGACGGGGCCAGCUGCAUUGACAUUUCUAAUGAUGGUACCAAGCUCUGGACAGGAGGUUUGGAUAACACUGUCAGAUCCUGGGACUUGAGAGAAGGGAGGCAGCUACAACAGCAUGACUUCACAUCACAGAUAUUUUCCCUUGGUUAUUGUCCUACCGGUGAAUGGCUAGCUGUGGGAAUGGAAAGCAGCAAUGUGGAAGUGCUACAUGUAAAUAAACCAGACAAAUAUCAGCUGCACCUUCAUGAGAGUUGUGUAUUGUCACUCAAAUUUGCUUACUGUGGUAAAUGGUUUGUGAGUACAGGGAAGGAUAACCUUCUUAAUGCAUGGAGAACUCCUUAUGGAGCUAGCAUAUUCCAGUCCAAAGAAUCUUCAUCAGUGCUUAGCUGUGACAUCUCUGUGGAUGAUAAAUACAUAGUCACUGGCUCUGGAGACAAAAAAGCUACAGUCUAUGAAGUUAUCUACUGAAAAUAUGAUGGGGAUAUAACUUUUAGAAGUUGAGCUGGGCCAAAAUUGUUCUUAAUUGUAGAAUUAGAAAGGUUUUGCCUUUUAAAAAGGAAUUAAAGUAUUGAGGUUCCAGACCUUGUGAUGAAACUACUCCAGUUUUUCAAAAUAGAAGGCAACAUCCAGCAACUUAAGUACUGGCUGUGUGGACCAAACAGAACACAGAAGCAAGAUGGACAGAUGUAGUCUAGGUUUUUGACAUAGUUUAAAAGCCGAGUCUGCUAAAGAAUGUUGAACCCUUUUUAUUUUAUUUUUUUCUUUCUUUAUGACCUCAUGCAAAUUGUUCAUAUUGCCUGAAUAUGGGGAUAACCUUUCUGUUCCUUGCAAUUCAAUUUGCAUCCUGUCCUGUGUAUUGCAGUGGUGUCUCAGAUGAACUCGUUUCCUGAUUUUGCAUCUUGUGAUAUGUUUUUGUAUUUUUGUUGAAGGUCAAACAUUUGUAUAAAUUGUAAAUAUAUUUAGUUUAUUACAGUAAAGGCUUUAGUAUGAACAACCACUCUUCUUCUCCCCUUCCUCUUUCCACUCCUCUUCCCUCCCACUCCUCACCCUUGCUUAUUUAAAAAACCUUUUGGGGAUAUAAGUAACUUUUUAGAAGCAAAAGUGAACACUAUGUAUAGUUUGAAAACUGUAUCUUAUUCUUUAUAACUUACUAGGUCAUACUUCAAAGUAAUUGUUUUGACACAUUAGGGUAUCAAAUCCAGUAGAUACUGUCUUGUGCUGCAAGAGAACUAAAAGGCAAUUUUGUACUAAUUAUAGUGUAAAUAUAAAAAUUGAACAUUUCAUAAAGUUGUGCAGUUUGUUUUAAGUUUA